UUCAUCAACACCUGUCUGCAGUCUCUCGUGAUUGAGAAAUUUGGUGAAGAGACCUGGGAAAAAUUGAAAGCUUCUGCAGAAGUACAAGAUGCCUUCAUGACAUACACGGUGUAUGAUGAUAUCAUCACCAUUAAGCUCAUCCAAGAGGCCUGCAAGGUGCUGGGUGUCUCCAUGGAAGUGGUUCUGAAACUCUUUGGAGAAUACUUCUUCAAAUUCUGUAAGAUGUCUGGCUAUGACCGGAUGCUCCGGACACUGGGAGGGAACCUCGCAGAGUUCAUAGAAAACCUGGAUGCCCUCCACAGUUACCUUGCUCUGUCUUACCAGGAGAUGAAUGCCCCAUCGUUUCGUGUGGAGAACAGAGCAGAUGGGAAGAUGCUUCUGCACUACUACUCUGAUCGGAGUGGUCUCUGUCACAUUGUACCAGGUAUCAUUGAGGCUGUGGCCAAGGACUUCUUUGACAUUGACGUGACCCUGGAAAUCCUUGACAUGAAUGAAGAAGAGGAGAGGACAGGGAAGAAGGAGCACGUUGUGUUUCUCGUUGUGCAGCAGAGCCACAAGCAGAUGCGAAGGGCAAAGCCCAACAGGCCCAGAGAAGGCCAGGAGGCCCAGAGAGACCAGGAGGCCCUCGAGGCAGCUUUUCUGAGAAUGAAGGAGAAAUAUUUGCAUGUCUCUCUUUGUCCUGUGAAGAAAUCUCGCUGGGACAUUGUGAGGAGUGUAGUCAUGUUUGAGAAAGAGCGUUUCAAGGACACCUUCGAGACAGUCUAUCCCGAGAGACUCUGGAUUGAAGUGAAAACUUUUUGCAACGCCUUUCCCUUCCACAUUGUAUUUGAUGAAUCGCUGAGGGUCAAGCAGGCCGGAGUGAACAUCCAGAAGUAUGUCCCAGGACUCCAAAGGCAGCAGGCUCGCUUAGACGAGUAUUUCUCCAUCAUUCAUCCCCAAGUUACCUUCAACAUCUUCAGCAUCUGCAAAUUUAUCAACAGUCAAUUUGUCCUGAAGACACGAAGAGAAAUGAUGCCAGAAGCAUGGAAAACAAAGCCCGCGCUCAAACUCAGAGGCCAGAUGGUCUGGAUGGAGGCCACGCGGUGCAUGGUGUACAUGUGCUCCCCAAAGCUGCGCAGCCUGGAGGAGCUGGAGGAGCGCCAGAUGCACCUCUCUGACAUCGCACCCCACGACACCACGAGGGACCUCGUCCUCCUGAACCAGCAGCGGCUGGCCGAGAUCGAGCUGUCCAACCAGCUGGAGAGGAAGAAGGAGGAGCUGCGGGUCCUCUCCAAGCACCUGGCCAUAGAAAAGAAGAAAACUGAGACCUUGCUCUACGCCAUGCUGCCCCAACACGUGGCCAACCAGCUGAAGGAGGGCCAGAGAGUGGCUGCGGGAGAAUUUGAAACCUGCACAAUUCUUUUCAGCGAUGUGGUGACCUUCACGAACAUCUGUGCUGCCUGUGAACCGAUUCAUAUAGUGAAUAUGCUGAAUUUCAUGUACUCAAAAUUUGACCGAUUAACCAGUGUACACAAUGUCUACAAAGUGGAGACCAUAGGAGAUGCGUAUAUGGUGGUGGGGGGUGUGCCGGUACCAGUCAGAAGCCACGCUCAAAGAGUGGCGAAUUUUGCCCUGGGGAUGAGAAUUUCUGCAAGAGAGGUUAUGAAUCCCGUGACAGGAGAACCCAUCCAGAUCAGAGUGGGGAUCCACACAGGGCCUGUGCUGGCUGGUGUCGUGGGUGACAAGAUGCCACGGUACUGUUUGUUUGGUGAUACUGUGAACACAGCCUCGCGGAUGGAAAGUCAUGGGAAGCCAAAUAAAGUCCACCUCAGCCCCACUGCCUACAGAGCCCUGGAAAACCAAGGCUUCGAAAUAAUUGAGAGGGGCGAGAUCGACGUGAAGGGGAAAGGGAAAAUGACCACGUACUUUCUGAUCCAGAACUUGAAGGCCACGGAGGAUGAGAUCAUGGGGAGGCCUGGAGACCUGGAUCACGAGGGUAAGCACAGGAGAAGCUGUCUCAUCAGCACUGGAUAUGUGUGA